ACGCGGACUGAUGUUUCGCGUUUCGCUGUUCCGGGCAGCAGCUGCGACUGUCAGCUGUUCAAUAUGGAAUGAUAGCAAAGUGCAGUCACUUGUAGGAGUCGGUCGUUGUGCGAUAUACGCGAACAAUCCGGCCAGCGAGCGAGACAUCGAGUUCUUCUCGUAUCAGCUGGCGCGCAAGAGUGGAUACGAGUGCGAGAACGUAUCCGUUGGACUGGGGAACAAAGACGAGGACAAAGAAACGUAGUUGUCGAUUGGUUGCUGUGCGAGCGGGUCCGUAGAAGAGCGUUUCGUACGCGCGCUACAAUCGUGCGAGGUUUUUAUGCGAGAUCUCACGUCGGAUCAACCUGGAUGUAUUAACGCAAGGGCUAAAAUACGGCAUAUCAGGACUAAUGAACCUCGCAACAAAUCAGACGUCCGACACGACGUCCGAGGCGCAGAGUAAUGGUCCCUACUUCGUUAAUUUCAAUCAAGACUGCACAUCCUUGGCUGUGGGAUCGAAGUCAGGAUAUAAACUUUAUUCCAUUAGUUCUGCUGGGCAUCUUGAAAAAAUAUAUGAAAAUGAUGAUACAGAUUUAGAGGAUAUAUGUAUUGUUGAGCGGUUGUUUAGCAGCAGUUUGGUGGCAAUUGUUAGUCUUAAAUCUCCCCGUACACUUACGGUAUGCCACUUUAGGAAAGGAACAGAAAUAUGCAACUACAGCUACUCAAACACAAUUUUGGCUGUAAAACUUAACAGAGCGCGACUAGUGGUAUGUCUGGAAGAAUCCUUGUACAUUCAUAACAUACGGGAUAUGAGAGUGUUGCACACAAUUCGUGAGACCCCACCUAAUCUUACAGGCCUUUGUACACUUUCUCCAAAUAGUGACCAGUGUUUCUUAGCUUAUCCAGGAUCCAAUACAACUGGAGAAGUUCAAAUAUUUGACGCGGUUCAUCUUCAAGCCAAAACAAUAAUACCCGCGCAUGAUAGUCCAUUGGCCGCGAUCGCUUUUAGCUCAACCGGCACGAAACUAGCAACAGCCUCUGAAAAGGGCACUGUGAUUAGAGUGUUUGAUGUUAAUGAAGGUACACGGUUAUUCGAAUUUCGACGCGGAGUCAAGAGAUGCGUCACGAUAAACAGUCUUUCAUUUAGCACGGAUUCCAUGUGGCUAUGUUGUUCUAGUAAUACGGAAACUGUGCAUAUAUUCAAAUUAGAAGUACCAAAAGAAACGCAACAAACAACGGAUGAAGGACAAGGUUGGAUAGGAUAUUUCGCAAAGGCUGUGACUGUAUCGGCUACAUACUUGCCGUCGCAAGUGACUGAUGUUUUUACUCAAGGACGCGCUUUUGCUAGCGUCCAUUUACCGUUUCAAGGGUUGAAAAAUGUCUGUGCCAUCACUGUAACACACAAAGUACCAAAACUGUUAGUGGCUAGUGCCGAUGGUUACCUGUACGUCUACUCUGUGGACUUAUCGGAAAGUGGGAAUUGUACUCUUAUAAAACAGCAUAGAUUAGAUGAUAAGGAGCGAGAUGAGGCGGAUUGUGGUGGUUCCGGCUCCGGGGCGGCAGCUGCAAAUAGUACAAACACAGCCUGCAUAAAUAGCUACGCGGGUGUGUUGCGUGGCCGCUCGCCAGACUCCAUGUCAGGUACUGAAUCAGAGAAGUAUCAGGAGAUGAUAGCGGCGACUGAAAGCCCACCGAAAGGCGGCCCGUUCCGUCUGGACGAUGAUACCGAAUUUCCGCCUGUCACACAAAGGACAGACUGAGCGUAUAACACGUACACACACACAUUUUUAAAGGCAUAUCAAAAGCUCAAGAUAAACGGAUUAGUAAACCGUAUAAGGAGCAACAAGAUCGUGACGUCAAAAGGACUGAGGGAGAGGGUGACACACAGAGACGGCAGAGAACGUCUAUAGUAGACGGCGGUUAUUAUUUAAUUAUUCCGAGUUCAGUAGAACUAAAAAAAAAAAAAAAAAAAUCUGUAGAUUAUUAAAUUAUUACCGAGAAUGUGUUACAUAUCUAGUACGCACUGAAAAUGUGAAUCAAGUGUACGCUAGAAUUCAGAAAAUUGGUGUUUUUGUAAAAAAAAAA